AGAACAAGAAGAAGAUGAUCAGAGAGAGAAAGAGAAUCACCAUGUGGCUGACCAGGAGGAACCUCUGGACCCCUGCCCUAUUCUUGCUCCUUUCCUCUCUGCAAUCAGCAGUGCCGGAAUCCACCACGCCCAGCUACGACGACUGCGCUCCCCAGCGAUGCGGCCACCAGGUGGUCAGCUACCCGUUCUGGAUCAUCGAUCACCAGCCGAGUUACUGCGGCCCUCCGGCGUUCGCCCUCACUUGCCUCAACGACACAGGCGCCCUCUUCCUCACCGUCCUCAACAUCAAAUUCUACGUGCUCCGGAUCUUCUACUCCAACAGCUCCGUCCACUUCACUCUCGGCGACGCCGACUCCUGCGCCUUCCUCCUCAGCAGAAACACCACCGGGGUCUUCCCCUUCAGCGCCAGCGACUCCAACAAGCAGAUAUUCUUCCUCUUCAACUGCUCCGGGUCGGAUAGCGCCAUCCCGAGGAGCUACCAGAACAUGUCCUGCCCCCGGCUCAAUACCCGGGUCAUGUUCGGCGGCGAGUAUGACCCCGCCCGUACGCGCUCGCCGGACCCGAACUGCACCGUCGGCCUGGUGUCUGUGAUGGGUGACUCUAACAUCAGUGCCGGCAGCAACUACACUGCGCUGCUGCGGGCUGGCUGGAUGACGAAUUAUAGCGCGAGGAGUUGCAGCGAGUGCGCCGCCAGCGGUGGCCGGUGCGGCUACGACGCCAACAACACCUCGACGUCGCAGGACAAUAUCUGCAUCUGCCCCAAUGGAGUCCAUCUCGGAAGUUGCAGAAGUGAAAUCAGGAUUCCAGGGAAUCAAAAACAUUCACUUGUUAUUAUACUUACAGUAGCCACUACUGCAUUGCUUCUCUUCGGAAUAACAUGUUAUUUUACGUGGGUGAGGCACAUGCGAUUGGGAAAAGCAAGAAGAUUGCGCGAGUUAAGAGCUCCUGAUGAUACUAUUGGAUCUGAUAAGGAAGUCAUUAAUGUCCCCCUGGUUGAUUUUUUCAGUAUUCAUAAGUCAACAGAUGACUUUGCGGUCACAAACAAGCUUGGUGAAGGUGGUUUUGGCUCUGUCUACAAGGAUCUUAUUUGA